AUGGCCUGUGAGCAUUGCCACCGUUCGUGGGGACCCUCAUCCAACAGACGCAACAGCUUGCCCACCACAUUCGAAGAAGCGAACGUAACCGCACACUCCUCCAGAUCCUUCAGCACAGCAGCCGAGGAAACGAGCGUGGCGUCCACCUGCUCGGAGAUCGACUGCAAACAUGCAAGUUUCUCGGCGGGAGGUGACACUCCCAUAUGGUGCAAGACGUGUGCGUCUGAAUCCACCAUCUACUAUCCCCCCGACACCAGCAGCCCCGUGACCCAGACUCCGCUGGCGCAGAAAGAGCGCUACGAGGGAGACCGAAGCAAGUUGUAUCGGCUCCGCCAGGGCUGGGGCGAGACACCACCGGGCCCCGAGAGCGAGCUAGUAGAGGCUACCGGGUAUGAUGGCGUCUCCACCGCGGACUUUGAGAAUAGCAGGAUCACGGAGGUGGAUGAGGAGGCGGAGGAUACGGACAUGGGCAAUACGACAAAGGAGGUAGAAGGACAUGAUGUUUCCUUCCGCUUUACCUCUCGCUCCAAUGACAAAUCCCCCUCAAAACCCUCCGAUGACAGCUUCCUCCCCGACCCCCCAGAAACGAGCAUGACACUGGAGCCGUUCACAAUCUUCCGCAAGAGGGUACAAGGCUUCAUGCGGCGCACCGGAAAAGCUUACACGGCGGACUACGUCGAGGACUUUGGCGUCUCGAGCCACCGCAUCAUCGCCAUCCACCACAAGAAGAAGCCGAGGUCAUCCAAGAGCCUGCCAUCGCAGAUCCUCCGGAUCCCCCGCAAGACGAAGCUGUGGACCGACGAGCAGGGAAUAAACGUCAACAUCCACCACCACGUAGCGGUGAAGGCGUACAUCCGGCGGCUGAACUUGACCGCGGGACCGCCAGCGUGGCUGGCGUACGAUGCCACCGCCGAGAACGAGCUCGGCUGCGGUUACAUACUCGAGGCAUUCUGCAAAGACGGUGUUUUGCGGGACCAGAUGUGGUGCCGCGACAUCGAGACCAAGCUCGACAUCUGCGAGCAGGUGAUCAACAUUCUCACGGAGCAGGGAAAGAUCGUGUUCCCCGAAGCGGGAAAGCUGGUGUCUGCAUGGAAACUCGCCGACCGCCACAGCGACUACAUCAGCGGCAUCCAAAACCCGCAGGAACUCUCGACCUCCGUCAAAAUCGAAGGCCUGGGGAUCGGCGUGCGCAUCGCCCCGCAGAAAAUCCUCGCCGGCGUCAUAAAGGAAUUCAUCAAAGCGUGGCCCCUCCGCGAAAACAUCUGGUUCCUGACCUCUUUCGAACACAUGUGGGAGAAGCUCCGGGUCGUGGCCUUUGAGAUGAACCGGCUGCGGUUCUUCGACGACGAGGAUAACUACGAUUCCGGCGUCUGGAGCCAGGAGGUCGCGGCGCUGAGCCAUGUUCUCUACCACGGUGAUCUGGAUCCACGGAAUCUGGCGGUAACUUCAUCCGGGCCUGGGGACAGGAUCGUGAUCACCGAGAUGCUCGAUUGGGACGAUACCGUUGCCGUCCCGGCCGUCAUCGCGCGAAGGCCGCCGGUGUGGUUGUGGUGUCCCGAUAUCAGUAACCUGGAACCGAAUUGGGACGGGGACUACGAUACGCUCAAGAAGGAGCCGCCGCUCACUGAGGAUGGAAAGAGGGUCAAGGCUUUGUUCUUCAGGAAGAUGGAGUAUCAGUUCCCCGGGUAUACGAGAGAUUGCUAUAAUCCGAGGAAGCGCUGGACGAGAAGAAUCUGGGAGAUUGUGAGAUAUGGGUUCUUUUUGGGAAAGCAUUUGGCGAGGUGUGAGAAGUUCCUUGCGGACUGGGAGGAGUGGAAGCAGGAAUAUUGUCCAUUAGGUGUGCCGAAAAUUGAGGAUGAUAAGACGAGGGAGAGCUUUUGGACGGAGGAGGAUUAUGACUUUUCUCAGUUGGAAAAGUUAGCGGAGAUGCAAUUGUUUUAGUCUGGAUAAUUGGGAUAUUUGUUUGAUGCAUUCCUUCUUUGUUUCGUCACGGAAUGAAAGUACAUGCGAAAUUAGACCCAAUCAUGAUGUGAAACUCGACCAUUAGUCCAGAACCUUCAUCGUCAACUCAAGCCUUCUUCAAAUCCAGAACCAUAUCCGCCACCUGGACCUGAUCCCCUUUCACCACACCCGCCUUCUUCAGAAUGCCUAGGGUCUUUUCGACAACCUCCUUCUCAACAACCCCACAAUCCUUGGAAAACUUGACCGUCUUCAACCA